AUGUCUGCUGCAACUAUAAUCAACGCUGUUAAUCUUCAAUUCAGUCGAUUUGCACCGCUCGUAGUAUUUAUUUUUGGGGUUCCUGGCAACAUUUUCAAUAUUCUAAUUUUUACACGUCCACAUCUUAUCAAAAAUCCAUGCUCAACUUAUUUUUUCUGUGCAUCACUGGUCAAUUUAAAUGUUCUUUUCCUGGGUCUAGUCCCACGAUCGCUUGCGGAUGGUUUUGGCAUUGAUCCUGUUUCAAAUAAUCUAGCAUUCUGUCGAUUUCGUUACUUUAUUCUUCAUCCUUCAUUGGCUCUCUCUUCAUGGUUCAGUAUCUUAGCUGGUAUUGAUCGUUUUUGUAUUAGUUCAAGAGAUGUACAUCGUCGCCUACUAAGCAAUCUCAAAUAUUCGCGUUAUAUAUCUGCUAUAACAACAUUCAUAGGUUUCGCUAUAUAUUCCCAUCUUCUUGGUUUAUUUGUUAUGCAACAACUCAAAACUGGUCCAUAUUGUUAUGCUUUGGUUGGACCUUAUCGAGUUUUUUAUGAUUUCUUUUACUUUGCAACAUAUAGUUUUACACCACCUAUAAUUAUGGUUUUUGUUGGUUUAGCAACCUACUAUAAUGUUCGUCAGACACGUUCUCAAAUUGUUCCUGUAGUGACAAAUAAUGGAAAUAAUGGUCAAUUAAAAAGACGAGAUCGACAACUACUCAAAAUGACAUGUUUACAAUUUAUUUGUACUAUUACAUUAACAUUACCUGUUGCUAUUCAAAAGCUAUACGCUACAUUCACACAAAAUGAUGUAAAAGGUACAACUCAAGUAGCAAUCGAAAACUUUAUAACAAUAUUAUUGAGAGUAUUUUUAUAUACUAAUGCUAGUACAAGUUUCUAUAUAUUUACUUUAUCUGGAAGUGUGUAUCGAAAAGAAUUUCUUUGUAUAAUAAUUAAAAUGAUUGGCUGUAUCUUUGGUAAAAAUAGUUCAAUAUAUCGACGAUUUUAUGGACGAAUUGAACGGAGCUUCAAUGGAAACACCGUAGCCAUAAAUGGACAAACAGUAACCAUGAAUGAAACGAAUGCACCAGUGGGACAAUAUAGAGGAAAUACCAUGAUGCUUGAAGUUAACGAAUAG